CAAAUUCCCCAAACGCAUCCCCGUCCCACUCCUCUCUUCUCUCUGAAAAGUGAAAGAACAAAGAACUAAAGAAAGCCCCCGCAUCCCCCGGAACCCACCCACGCCCCCCACUCAGUGCAAAAAAUCUAACCCUAACGAACCGAGCCACCAUUCCAUCGCCGAACUCUUCUCCGGUAGAGGUUGCUGUCGCUGCCGGCGGGGAUAGACCGUGGGUUGGGUCUGCUCGUUUCUCCUUGCUCCUCUUCUCCUCGACGUCGCACGAAGGCAUGCUUGGAGCUGUUGGCGUCGCCGCCGCGAAGGGCUGCUCGGUCGUCGCCUCUGCUCGCCUCGCCGUUCUCCACCGCGAGUGACGUCUGCUUGCUUCUUCGGUUCUGCUUGCUUCUUCGAGUGACGUCGUCAUUCUGCUCACCUCUUUGCUACGUUGAACUCUGGUUGAACCCUAGUCGAACCAUUGAACCGGUGUACCAGUCGCCUCACCAAUUCAUUGACCAGUCCGAUUCUCGCAACCUGCUAGAGGCAUUGCCGAAUGGCUUUUUCCGUUUCAGUGUGCUUCUCCCCUAAUGCACUAGCUCGCCCAAACACACACAACAACAGACCCACCCGCACCACCACCAACAAGCCCCACCAAUCCAACCCUAAAUUCAACAACAAAAAAACUGCCACCACUUACUCCACCCCUCCCGAACCGCUUCUACUCCCCGGUGGCGAAGCCACCACCUAUGCUCGCCUUCCCCCCAAGGACGACUACUCCGCCCCCUCCUCCUGCACCUCCCAUGAACUCAAGCUCGCUGAAUCAACCCCUGUAAACUUCAACAAGCAACUUCAAGAAGAAGAAGAUUUCAGUGACAAUUUUGAAGGAAAUUAUGAAACACUAGCAGUUUUCGAGGGAAAGGGUGGUGCCGAAUUGGACGGCGGGGAAGACGAAGACGAUGACUUAUUUGACGAAGACGAAGACGAAGACGAUGACUUAUUUGACGAAGACAGCGAGCUUUUGAGCUUCGAAGAAGAGCCAGCGAAGGAGAAAGGAGUGCCUGCGGUGAUGCGGUGCUUCGAUCGGGCCAAGAUCUACGUGAAGGCGGGCGAUGGAGGGAACGGCGUGGUGGCGUUUCGCCGCGAGAAGUACGUACCUCUUGGCGGUCCCUCCGGCGGCGACGGAGGGAGAGGAGGGAACGUGUACAUGGAAGUGGACGGAUCGAUGGAUGAGCGGUGCGAAGGGAGAGGAUGCGGUGGUGAAGGUGGCACCGGGAACAGUGGUAAGGGAGGCAGGGAAGGAGGAGGUGCUGCUUGAGAUGGUGAAACCUGGGCAGAGGGCUCUGCUGCUACCCGGUGGAAGAGGCGGCAGAGGGAAUGCUUCAUUCAAGUCUGGGAAUAAUAAGGUUCCCAAGAUUGCUGAAAAUGGCGAAGAGGGCCCAGAAAUGUGGUUGGAGUUAGAGCUCAAGCUUGUUGCAGAUGUUGGUAUAGUAGGUGCUCCAAAUGCUGGGAAAAGUACACUUUUGAGUGUAGUUAGUGCUGCAAAGCCAGAGGUUGCAAAUUAUCCCUUUACAACACUACUACCCAAUCUGGGUGUUGUUUCCUUUGACUAUGAUUCAACAAUGGUAGUAGCAGACCUUCCAGGUCUACUUGAAGGAGCACACCAAGGUUUUGGGUUAGGUCAUGAGUUUCUUCGACACACUGAAAGGUGUUCCACCCUGAUACAUGUGGUAGAUGGGUCAUCGCCACAACCAGAUCUUGAGUUUGAUGCAGUUCGUCUAGAGCUAAAGCUGUUUAAUCCUGAACUCGCUGAGAAGCCUUUUAUAGUUGCUUAUAACAAAAUGGACCUCCCAGAGGGAUAUAAACACUGGGAGUCCUUCAAAGGAAAGCUACUAUCUCGUGGGAUCACACCCUUUUGUAUGAGUGCUGUCAAUAGGGAAGGUACUCAUGAAGUUAUCUGUGCUGCUUAUGAGCUUUUGCGAAAAAGCAAAGAAGACAUGGAAGACUAUGAAGAUGGAGCAGAUGUGACAAACUUGAACCAUGUUGCUGAUGCUGUACAGAAGCAGCGUAGCGCAUCCAUUGGUGAUUUUGAAAUUUUUCACGACAGCAAGUCAAAUAUUUGGCAUGUAGUUGGAGCUGGAUUACAACGUUUUAUCCAAAUGACAAAUUGGCGGUACCACGAUUCAGAGAGAAGAUUCCAGCAUGUUCUUGAAGCUUGUGGUGUGUAUAAGUCUCUCAUGAAACUAGGUGUAAAAGAAGGCGACACAGUGGUUGUUGGAAGGAUGGAGAUGAUAUGGCAUGAUUCCUCAAACACAUCUAGUACAUCAAGAAUGAAGAAAGUAUCCACAGAUUCAGUUAAGUGGCCUGAAUGGAAGUAGUGGCACUCUAUUUUGUUGCUUUUAUGAUGUGUGCUGCAACUGUGCCUUAGGUAAGGAGAUUUCUCAUAAUGAUUAUGUUCCUUGCUAUUUUCGUUUACUCCUCAGUAACCUUGUUGAAUACCCUAGUUUCCUCUGUUAUGAAAUGGAUAAUAUUCUUCUAGAUCAUUCAUACAUAAACAUAAUGGCACCUAUAACAUUCAAAGCCAGAGGGUAACGACCUUUAUAUUAUUCUCUAUGCUUCUAUAUUCAUACCAUUGCCAUUUUGUUCAAAUUUAUCCUAUUAUUUGGACAUUGGCAUCACCUCUUUGUUGUAAUGGUAAACUAUAUUUACCUCCCCAGGGGUUAGAUGAUAUCACAAAUUACACCUCUUGAUUUGUCAUGCUUUACAUUGACCUCUCUUCUACGUUGGUAAAUGUCAUCUUUAAAAGAGGAAGAGGGGGGUGUUAAUGUCACAUUUUUACAAGGUAUUGAGCGUCUGAGUUGGUGAGUAUCAUGUUUAUACUUUAUAAAGGAUGUUAGUGUCACAUUUUAUAAAAUAUAAGGUACCCAGUGUUAGAUAUCCUAAAUUUUAUAAAAGAUCCAUAUAUACUUUUACGAACGGAAGGAUGUUAUCUGUAAUAUCUUUUUAUCUCAAAGGCGAUCAGUAUAACUUCUAGUUUCAAACAUGUUUUCUUAGCUUUUUGUGAAGUUGGGAUGACCUUGAAAUUAAUGUGAAUUUAUGUUCAAUUUCUGUAGGAGUUUAUUGUCACGGUAAAUUUUAGAAGGUUAGAUUUAACGGUGUUUGUAUAAUUUUCUGGAGUGUUUGAGAAUGUUCUAAAUGGUUUUGGAACGUUCUAGAAUGUUCUAAAAGGUCUUGGAAUAUCCUAGAGGGUUUUAGAAGAUUCUGCAAGGUUAUAGAGUAAUCUAAAAGAGUGUGGAUGUAUAUAGAAGUAUGAAUAGUAGUGUGGAAUAAUCUAAAAAUAUUUAGAGAAAUAGGGUAGGAUAGAUAUUUGUAGUGAAUGUUCUAGAUGAUUAAUUUGGACUGUUGAUUAGAUUUAAUUCUAACCAUCCAUUGAAGAUGUGGAUGGCUAUAAAUAGGGGUGAGAGUUAGAGUUUGGGAGUUUGAGUCAUUUAUAACAAACACUUGAGAAAUAGAGGAUUUUUUCCACCAAAGUUUCCUUUCUCUUGUGUUCUUAGCUUUUUUGUUAAUUACUACUUGGUCUUAGUACAAGAAGUUGAGUAAGUCUGAAUGUCUGCACGGUAGUGUUGGAGUGUGUCUAAGGCCGUGACACUAUGCAAUCAAAAUGACACAAUAUAGAAGUGGAGAUAAAGAUCAUGAGAAGCUACGCACAAGUAUCGAGCAUGCCAAUUGAGUGCUUUGUCCUGCCAUUUCAUGAUGGUGGGUUCUUUACUUCAUUUACAUUUUAAAUCUUUUAUGGAAGUGGAACAUCUUGGUAUGCUCCCAAGUGAAAGCAGUUAAGUUACCUAGAGAUGAGACAUGUAAUUUAUGAUGAUGUAAUGAAGAUCGUAUAUAAUGAAACAAUUUUGUAAUAUUGUCAUGUUGAAAGUCAAAUUUGAAUAUUGACAUCAAGUCAUCGACAAAAUAAAAUAAAAAAUAGCACAUGUUAGCUGGA